GUCGAGAAUUGGUGAUGCAAAUGGAACUCUCCAGACUCUUGGACUCCAAAGUCCAAACCAUAGACUUCACUUCAGGUGCAGAGCCAUUCAGUUCUUCACUGAAAAAUCAGGAUUUCCUCCACGCACAACACAAACUUCGUCAGAAUUUGUGAAGAAGGCGAAAUGGAAGCCCAGAAAAGGGUACUCUUACUAUGCGGAGAUUACAUGGAAGAUUACGAGGCGAUGGUUCCAUUUCAAGCAUUGCUAGCAUAUGGGAUCUCCGUUGACGCUGCUUGUCCUGGAAAGAAAGCUGGUGACAUCUGUCGCACUGCUAUUCAUCAGUCUUCUGGUCACCAGACAUAUUCUGAGUCUCGAGGUCAUAAUUUUGCCCUCAAUGCCACUUUUGAUGAAAUAGAUGCCACCAAGUAUGAUGGACUGAUCAUACCAGGUGGACGUGCUCCAGAAUAUCUUGCAAUGAAUGAAUCUGUAGUGGAAUUGGUUAAGAAAUUUUCUGAGUCACGAAAGCCAAUUGCCUCCAUUUGCCAUGGACAAUUGAUUUUGGCUGCAGCGGGUGUAGUUAAAGGCCAGAAAUGCACAGCCUUUAAUGCAGUGAAACCUGUGCUUUAUGCUGCUGGUGCUCAUUGGGUAGAACCAGAGACCGAGGCCUUUUGCACCAGGGAUGGGAACCUUAUAACUGGAGCCACAUAUGAUGGCCACCCUGAGUACAUCCGGCUUUUCAUCAAGGCAUUGGGAGCCAAUAUAUCUGGUUCUGGAAAACGUAUUCUAUUUCUAUGUGGGGAUUACAUGGAAGAUUAUGAGGUGAUGGUUCCUUUCCAGUCUCUUCAAGCUCUUGAGUGUCACGUUGAUGCCGUUUGCCCCAAGAAAAGUGCUGGUGAUAGAUGUCCGACAGCUGUCCAUGAUUUUGAAGGUGACCAAACUUACAGUGAGAAACCAGGCCAUGAUUUUACUUUAACAGCUAAUUUUGAAGGUUUGAAUGCUUCAAGCUAUGAUGCCCUGGUAAUCCCUGGGGGUCGUGCUCCAGAGUACUUGGCAUUGGAUGAAUAUGUUAUUCAAUUGGUGAAGGAAUUCAAGGAGUCUGGGAAACCAGUGGCAUCCAUCUGCCAUGGACAACAGAUUUUGUCUGCUGCUGGUCUUUUGAAGGGUAAGAAAUGUACUGCAUAUCCCGCAGUGAAACUCAAUGUUGUUCCAUCAGGGGCAACAUGGUUAGAACCUGAACCAAUUGACCGGUGCUUCGCUGAUGGAAAUUUGGUGACUGGAGCAGCUUGGCCUGGUCAUCCUGAGUUCAUAUCACAGUUCAUGGCACUGCUUGGUAUUCGCGUAUCUUUCUAGUUAUGUUUGUUUCUUACUCGAUAUCUUAUAUAUAUGUUGCAAAAUGAGAUUUUCGAAUAAUGCCUGUACCUGUGAGAUAAUCUAAGUUGUGUUUGCUUUUUAUACUUGGAUAAUGGAUUUGCUAAUACUUUUUAAUUUGAGUUCCAUUCUUUGUGUAAAUUAACCAUACAUUACAACAAUAGUGUUGCUGUUUUGUGGUUGAUAUUUCAUUAAACACCCAUUUGAGCC